GACAAUUAAACGGCGGAGAGCCCAUAGGCACUGGGGGGAUUUGCAAGUCUGUGUAUGACCUACCUCCCCGCUGCUUAUACAAUAGGGCUGGUUACAAUUACAUAAGGAAAGCUCCAUGACACAGUGACACUGAUUGUGAGAAGAUUGACACAUGGAAGGACAGCAGUAACUAUAGGGGGAAGGAAUGUGGUGUACUAUAAGGGUUGAGACAUUCUAGGGUCGCUAUGUGGAGGGGCAGUAAUGUGACAGCUGAAGGCCCAGUGACUGAUAGCAAAAGAAAAUACAACAUGUGUUUACAGACAGAAAGAUAGCGUCUCCCACCUCCAUAGAACAACUCCCUGCUGGUCAGCGGUGCAGGAUGGUCAUCAUGGUAAGGAAGGCUCGACGCAUUUUGUCCAUUGCCUCUGUUGCUCUCGCCUCAUCUGGGGCUGUCCUGUAUGGAUCUCACUACUGGGACCCCAAUGAUUUUGGGAUGGUGCGGAUCGGGAGAGCAGUGCUGGCGACAGCCACCAUAUCAUGUGAUUACCUUGCUCAGCUGAGACAUAUUCCCUCUGGGACUGAAGAAUACAAUGAAAUUAAAUCACAGGUUCACCUGCGCUCUGCUCAGCGUCUUCUGGAUCUUUGUUGUGCCAAUCGUGGGACAUUUAUUAAAGUUGGUCAGCACAUUGGCGCCCUAGAGUAUCUCCUGCCCCCUGAAUAUACCAGCACCCUACAAGUACUACACAGCCAGGCUCCAUCUACUCCCAUAUCUGAUGUACAGCGUGUCAUCCAUGAGGAGCUGGGUAGGGAGGUCUCUGAUCUCUUCUUAGAGUUUGAAGAAACCCCUCUCGGUGCUGCCUCUUUGGCUCAGGUGCACCGCGCAGUACUGAGGGAUGGGCGUACAGUAGCUGUGAAAGUUCAGCACCCAAAAGUGCAGACACAGAGUGCACGAGACAUUCGGCUUAUGGAGGUCCUCCUGCACGUGGUGAAAAUAAUAUUCCCACAGUUUGAGUUUAUGUGGCUGGUGGAGGAAGCAAAGAAAAAUCUUCCCCUGGAGUUGGAUUUCCUGAAAGAGGGACGCAAUGCUGAGAAAAUGGCAGAAUUGGUGCGGAAAUUCCCCUUCCUGAGGAUUCCCAAAAUCCACUGGGACCUGAGUACCCCACGUGUGCUUGUGAUGGAAUACUUGGAAGGGGGGCAGGUCAAUGACAAAGAAUACAUGGAGCGGAACAGAAUUGAUGUGGAUCAGGUUUCCCAUGCUUUGGGCAAGCUGUAUAGUGAAAUGAUUUUUGUUCAUGGAUUUGUGCACUGUGACCCACACCCAGGAAAUGUGCUGGUCUGUCAGAAACCAGAUAGUCGCAGCCCUGAGAUCAUCCUACUGGACCAUGGACUGUACCAGGUUCUCACUGACAGCUUCCGAUUGGAUUACUGCGGCCUUUGGCAGUCUCUGAUUAGUGCUGAUAUGAAGGGGGUACGCAAAUACAGUCAACGCUUGGGAGCAGGGGAGAUGUACCCUCUUUUCGCUUGCAUGCUCACUGCACGUUCCUGGGAUUCUGUCAACAGAGGGAUAGACAAGGGUCCUGUGAGUAGAGAGGAGGCCUUGGAGAUCCGCAGCAACGCUGCAUCGUACCUUCCUCAGAUUAGCCAGCUCCUUGCUAGUGUCCCACGUCAAAUGCUCCUCCUCCUGAAGACUAAUGACCUCCUCCGCGGGAUUGAAACUUCCCUAAGAACCAAGGCCAGUUCCAGCUCGUUUCUCAGCAUGUCACGCUGCUGUGUGAGAGCCCUUGCAAGGCACAACAAGGAAAAAGCUGCCUCUCUCUGGUCCUAUGCUCAAAUUUCUCUUGCUGAGUCACUCUGCCUGGGACAGCUACGCAUAUACGAGAUACUUCUGUGCCUUCAAGAUUCCUUUGUGGGGCGCUUUUUUCACAAUGUGCUUCGACUGGUCCAUAUAUAUCUUCUCUGACCUACACACUCUGACGUCUGAUCACCUUGUGAUUAUGUGAAAUUAUAUGGACAAAUAGGAUUACAUAUAGGAAGGGUUAUAUGGCACGAGAGGAGGAAUUAGAAGAAUGGGUUGUAUGGAGCAAUAGAAGGAAUUAGAGGAAGCGGUUAUUUGGAACAAUAGGAGUUAGAGGAAAGGGUUAUAUCGAAUAGGAUGAGUUGUAGAAAGGGGUUAAAGUGAAGGUAAACUUCGCACGAUUCGAUUAGUGGCAAUGUAAAUACUUAUAAAAUGAGAGGUACUUUCAUUCAUCAAUUUAAUUAUUUUAAUAUAUUUACAUAGUUAUAAGCCUUUUUUUUCCGUUUCUAAUAGUUUCCAAAUCAGCCCGUUUUUUUGUUGUUUUUUUUUUGUUGCUCCGGUCACGUUCUUGAAACAGCCAAUAGUCAGUCUGGCCGUUAGGCGGCCGUCAUUUGACGUCACAACAUUGCUGGACGUUCUGUGCAUGCGUUGGCAUUAUUUACUUUAACUUCCUACCCGGACUCGCUCCAGUUUAGCGCAUGCGCACUUACUAUAGAGACCAGAAAAUAUUUACUCCGUAAGAAUUUCACUCACGCAGGUGCAAAUAGACGAUAAGCCGAGGUGUGCGCAUGCACACUUUGUCCAGCAAACGAGAACGCGCUUUUGAAGUACGUAUAGAGCAGGUGGGACCGCUCUGUACGUAAUACACUGUAAAAUCUGGAAAUUCAUGGAGGGAGGAGCGAAGACCAGCAAAAUAUGUAAAUAACAUUAGAUAAAAAUACAAUAACACAUAUUUAAAUAAUUUAAAAAAAAAUAGCGAUCACACUGUAUAGUAUGUUAGCUAUAUAGUAAAGGUGAGAAAACCGGCAAACUUUACCUUCACUUUAAAUGGAGCAAUGGGAGGAGUUAAAGGGCUGAGUUAUAAAGUGACAAAUAAUAACUUAGAUAAAAAGUCUUCUAUACCUUAGUCAUCUUAUAGUCUUACCUUAGAUUAAGCUGCAAAUAGUCUCCUGCACAUGUUCUAUAUUAUGCAGCAGGAGGAGGAUCCAUAAAAUUCCUUCCAUGCAUAUGUUUUUAUUCUUUUUAUGCAUAUGAAAGCCUCUCUUGCUAUAUAUACAAAAGUUAUUUUAAAAUGAAUAUUGUUUCUGGCCAGUUUGAAAAUGGCUGCCAAGCUCCACCCACUGAUGACAUCAUGAUCUGGGCUGUAUCUAAGCACUCUGCUGAAUAGCAUUAACAGUCUGUUAAAUCCAACUAGUGAGCCUUUUAGUGAGCCUUUUUGUAAUUGGAUGCCAUAUGCAGCCCAGAUCAUGAUGUCAUCAGUGGGCUGAACUUUGCAGCCAUUUCAAACUGGCCAGAAACACUAUUCAUUUUAUAAUAACUUUUUUACUAUUCCUGCUGCAUGAUAUAGAAAGGGCGCAGGAGGUUAUUUGCAGUUUAAUCUAAGGUAAGACUUUACGAUGACUAAGGUGUAGACUGUUCCUUUAAGUUAUAUGAGUAGCUUGGAGAUGUAAAUAUAGCUUUCAUAUGAGUCAAAAAAAUAAAAACAUUUGCAUGGAAGGGAUUUUAUGGAUCAGUCUAAGACCAGCAAACAUUUGUCUUGUUAGUGCAGAGACUUAUUUGGCCACAAGGUGGCACCUGCAGUGUGAACACAGAUUAUGGGUUUAAUGUGAGAUAAACAGAGAAAUCGUUUCUCAUUAUCUUUUUCAUACAUGCCGUUGGUUAAUCUCCAGCACACAUUUAUUUAUGGAAAUAGACAUAGAUUGGUCCUGCUGAUAAUUAAUUCUUCCUCAGAAUUAUAUUGAAAAUAAACAUUAUUAUCAUGCAAAAAUAUAAUUCCUACUCCAUACAAACAAGUAUAAUUUCCACUACUUACAUAAAUGCAUAUUAUAUAUUAUAUAUAAUUUAUAUGAAUAUAUAUAUAUAUAUACACAGACAUACACACACAUACAGUGUGUGAGUGUGUAUGUGUAAAUAUAUAUAUAUGUACAAGCAAUAACGCAGGCACUCUCUGGAUUUGAAAUAGUGUUCACACUUUAUUUAUGUGACAAGGUGACACUUCGGAGACUGUGCUCCCCUUUUUCAGACUAAAGAGCACCUUUUGUCUGAAAAAGGGGAGCACAGUCCCCGAAGUGUCAUGUUACAUAAAUAAAGUGUGAACACUAUUUCAGAUCCUGAGAGUGCCUGCUUUAGUGCCUGCAUUUAUACUUUUCAAGCCGGCACCCUGCUAGUCGAUAGGGCUGGGCGAAUGUGGUGAAAGUGCAAUUUGUGGUUUUCGAAUAUUAUUUUCAUUUUCUAAUGUUCAUAAUUAGAUUGAAUAUCCACAUUAAGCAUUUUGAAUGUAACAUUCGAUAUACCAAAUACUAUUCAGAAGUUUAAUAGUUAAUGUGGAAGAAAAUUUAGUAAAUUGAUACAUAAUAGAUACAACUAUAUUGAUUCAACAUUUUCCAUAUUAAAUAUUGCAUCAUUUGAAUAUUAAAUUUAAAGAAUUAGAAAUAUUAUAAAAAAUAUAUCAAUUUAAAUUUUUCUAAUUUCAAAUAUAUUGAUUCGAAUCAUGCAAUUAUGGAAAAAUUCAAAUCAAAUAUUAAAUUUAAAGAAAGCAUUAGAAAUACUAUGUUAGAAUGCUGUACAAAUAUUCGAAAUUCUAAACAAAUGAACAAAUGAAAUGUUAAAAUUUGUUUAAUUUUUCAAAUGUUGCAAAACAUUCACCGAUCCCUAGUAGUCGAUUUGCAGUCAGUGAGAGUGCGUACCAUUGGAUAUAUAUAUAUAUAUACAUACACACACAGACGCACGUAUAUAUUGCAUAUUAGCCUGUCCAGCAGGGAAGGGGUUAGAUUAUUUAUGUACCUACAUUAGAUGGUAAGCUCUGUUAGACAGGAAUGAUUGUGAUGCUAAACUCUACCUCAUACAGCCAUACAAGCCAGUUGUUUACAUGUGAUCGCAUUAUGUAUUCAGAAGCUGGUAUCAAUGUUACUUUGUAAUUAUCUUUAUUGUGGAGUGCGCUAAUAAACUAUACAGAUGCA